AUGGGCAAAAUUCAGUCUGUGCUAGGGUCGUACCGCGGUAUUGGUAUGGUAAUGGCCAACCCGGUUGUCAAGGAGGAGGAGGCAGGAGGCGUGGCCAUCCGAAUGAUUGCUAUUACGGUUAGUUGCGACUAUGGUCAAUACGCAUUUAUUCGGUUGGUUGAUGGGGUCGGGGAGGGCAUUUGGUCCUGGUUUCUGCGCUCAUCGCGGCUGUCAUCCGUGGCCGACACCUGUCAUGGCCCGUAA